AUGGAGACUCCGUUGCAUCCAACGCCCAUGCAGAGGCCCAUGAUGAAGGGGAAGAUCUACGUGGACGCGUCAAACAAGCCGACGUUCCAGGGCAUCUGGGGUAUGACGCACGCCGACGUGAACAAGAGCGGUCACACGAACGACUUUAAGGUAGUCAGGAUGGAGUCGGUCAAGGAACAGGAGCUGGGACUGCCUGUCUACCCCGGAAACUACCUGGGCUAUUUCAAGCUCACCACCGGCUUCCAGACCGAGACCGUGAACGAGAGCUUCACGCUGACUUUCCGCGGGCACAGCAACCACGGCUACAAUGUCUACGGCUUCGGGGAGAACCGGUUCGGGAAGACCGAGAUCGUCGGAACCGUCACUCAGACCGGCAAGAUGGAGAUCUUUAAGAUGCUCCCGGGAACCACUCUCCAGCCGGACCCAAACGAGACACCGCCGCCGCUGCCCCGACCUGCGAACGCUCGUGCGGUGUCUCCCCCGCCCCCUCCCCCCAUUGCGCGACCGCUGGGUGGUUCCUCCAGGGGGGGGGUCUCGUUGGGGGGCGCGCGGCCCAAGCCGUCCGGCAGCGCGAAGAAGAAGGCCCAGAAGAAGCCGCUGCCGCCACCGCCGGCCAGCAAGAACGGGCUCCCCGGUCCCCACGUCAGGACCCUGAAGGACUGCCUCAUGAUGCUGAAAAAGAGCGAUAAGAACAACGUCUUUCAGUACCCGGUGCCCCCGAACUUUCGUGGUCUGAGAGGGAUGUACGCUGACGUCAUCAAGAGCCCCAUGGACCUCGGCACUGUCAUGAAAAGGAUCGACUCCAAGUACAGGACCGCCAGAGACUGCAUCGCGGACGUGCGGCUGGUGUUCUCCAACGCGAAGGACUUCAACCCGGACACGGACCCCGUGCACGCCCUCGCCGCAUCCCUCUCGGGAAAGUUCGAGGCUUUCGUGUCGGGCCACCGGGGCGUUCUCGGGUUGGAUGCUUCAGCCCCUACCUCCUCUUCGGGGGAUCCCGCUGUGGCGGUGCUGACGGCGGAGGAGCAGGAGCAGCUAGCGAAGGAUGUCGAGGAGCUAUUCCGGGUUGGGAAUGCCAACCCCCUCAACGAGAAAGCGCAGGCAAGGGUUUAUGCGCUGUACACCUUUGCCAAAGCCUACGUGCUGGACAAGGAUCGAGUUACCAUCGAUGGCGGGAAGGGAGAGCAGAUCAAGAUGGACGCCUUGAAUCAUGUUCGGCAACGGCAGCUUCGAGAUAUCGUGACGUUUUUCUUAGCGGACAGCUUGAACGACCCGCCCCCGGCGCCAUCAUCAACAACGACGGCAUCAUCAGAUCUGGCGGCAUCGUCAACAGCUGCUGGCAAGAGCAAGGUCAAGGACGAGGGAACCAGGACAAGCGGUGAUGGGAGUGACAGGGCCGGCGCCGUUCCGCCAAGCCGCCCGGGAAAGCGUCCGAGGACCGAUGACGUCAGCGAUUCUGAGAAUGACGACCUCGAAGAGCAGGAUGAGGAUGACGAGGACGAGGAUGGCCUGUCCCCCGCCAAGAGAAGUCGCACCGGAUCGAUCACUUCGCCGGGCUCGAAGGGGGCUACGCGCGAUGUAUCGGGGGAAGGCGAGCAGAAGCCCAAGGCAGAGGCACCCGCCCUGCCCGUCGGUGGUGGAGGUGACCCCUUCUCGCGAGUGGACAGCUCCAGCCUCACCCUCGAGGCCACGGCUUCUACCCUCAAGGACUCUGAGAUCGACAUCGACCUAGACGAGGACGAAGACGACGAGGAUGACGAGGAGCAGAGUGCAGGGGGCGCCGCGGGUGGUCCCGGUAGCGGGGGGGAGGGGGGGGGUUCCGGCGACGGAAGCAAGACCGGCAAGAGGGACGAGCAGUGGCUGCAGGCUCAGGCGGAGAGGAAGGAGAGGGAGGAGAGAGAGAAAGCCAGAGCUGAGACUGAGAAGGCGCUAGAGGAGCAGCGGUUGAGGCAGCAGGCCCAGAGGGAGAAGGAGAGAGUGGAGGAGGGCCUGAGGCUCAGCCGCGAGCGUGCCGCGGAGAAGGCGAGGAUUGAGGCAGCGGCACUGGAGAAGGUCAACCGCGAGAAGAAAGAGCUGGAAGAAAAGAAAGAGGCGGAGAGGCUUGCCCGGCAAGGUACGAAGGCUUCGGUCGACCUGGACCAAGUGCGGGCUGACUCAAACCUCAUGGAGCUCAUGGACGAGAGCAUAUACGACGACUAG